GUGAAUUUCUACGGGCGCCAUCUUGAAGUGAGGCCCUGUGGAAUAAGACAUUUUCUCCGAUAAUUUUUUCCUUUUUCUAGUUAAAAAUCAUAUAAAGGAAGUUCGGAGAAGAAGAUUCGUAAAAUGAAGCCGGCAGAAGUAGACGGACUUCAUCCACACGCUGCUGUUUCCACUGUGACGAUUGUUGGUAUCUGUAUCGGGUCUGUAGUGUUCCUUGUCUCGUUGACGGCAAUGCGCAUUCAAAUAGCUACAGACGCCAGGGGAGCGCGCAAUGCGCAAAACAGACUGUCGUCUGCUAUCAAGAAAGGCUUGAAAGAAAGCAGCAAUGGUAACCUGAAGAAAGGUCAAAAGGCCACUAUCAUGAAAUCCAAAGCCACCAGUCCGAUCUUCCCACCAUCCCACGAUAUGAGGGCCCAUGAGAGGGUCGUGACCCGAAAUAUGUCGACUUCCGGAGGCGACCCCAGUCAGUACAAAUCGGAAUGCUACGUGGAAAACGAAAAAGAUGGUGCCACACCGGAGAAGGAAGAAUGCCUCCGGGAAAAGGGUGUUGAUGAGAAGACGCCAAAACUGGGCAACAUGUCUUUCUCCGUGGAGUACGACUCCCAGAAGACGGCUCUGCUGGUCACCAUUCUGCGCGUGUGUGAUCUCCCGCCGAGAGACCCCAAUGCCGGAGGAUGUGACCCCUACAUCAAGCUACAACUCCUUCCGGAGAAGAAACACAAGUGUAAAACCCGAGUGCUGAGGAAGACCCUGAACCCGGUGUACGACGAAACCUUCACGUUUUACGGCAUUCCACAGAAUCUGCUCCAAAAUAUCACCCUGCACUUCGUCAUCCUCAGCUUCGACCGCUUCUCCAGAGAUGAGAUCAUCGGGGAAGUCAUCUACCCGCUGUCUGGAGUCCAGGUAGAUCAGAAAGAGGUGUCCCUUGUCAAGGAAAUCAUGCCACGUUAUCUUAAGUUCCAUAGCCAGGGACGUGGCGAGCUCCUGGUGUCGCUGUGUUACCAGCCUGCCGCCAACCGCCUCACUGUCGUCGUACUGAAGGCAAGGAACCUGCCCAAGAUGGACAUUACUGGACUAUCUGAUCCUUAUGUGAAAAUCUACCUACUCUACAACGGCCAGCGUAUCGCCAAGAAGAAGACACACGUGAAGAAGCGCACCUUAAACCCAGUGUUCAACGAGUCCUUCCUGUUUGACGUGCCCUACAAUGAAGGCCUGAUGAACAUAAGUCUGGAGUUCCUCGUGCUCGACUGGGACCGGGUCACUAAGAACGAGGUUGUAGGCCGCCUGGAAGUAGGAGCUAGAACGCCGGGAGCGACACAACAUCAUUGGAACGAGGUGAUCAAUUGUCCCAGAAAGCAGAUUGCUGAGUGGCACAAGCUAAGAGAAUGAUACUCUUACCCUAGCUGUCUAGAAUUGUGCAGAUUUUGUGUGUAAAGAGCUACACCAAGUCCGUUAUUCAACACUGGGUAUCCGAAACAUCACCGAGGACACGGCGAAAUUCUUACAAGACUUGUUACAAAAGAGAAUGCAUGAAUGUAUAGGAGGCCUAUUUUACCCACUUUUGAAUACCAGACUUCGUAUAAAGUGUAUUGUGGCAUACGUAAACCAGACUGAACUUAUCAGAUCGGAAGAGAGUGUUUUAAAUGCUAAUGCUAAAUAUUAUGAAACUUAAUAUGAACCAAUCCCACCCUUGAAUCUCCCACCAACAAAACAGCUUCCUGAUCGAUCCACCGCAAAGUACUUUAGUAUGUCCUUUUUUUCAGAGGAGUGCAGGAAGUCCUGAUCAGGGCUUUGCUAAGUAUUACGUAGACGUAUUGUUUCGCACCACCAAGACAGAUACCUACCGAUAAUUACGUCGUCUUAGAGUGACUUAUUUUCUAACCAUUUACAUGAAUGCUCUAUCUUUGUAUUUUCUUGGAAACCGUUACAAUAUAGGCUUGUAUGCUUGACCUAAAUUAUUUUCUCUUUAUUUCGCGACAACUGUAUGAACUUAUUCUUACGUCCCACCGACUCUUAAUUCCCACCCCUUGUAUCGACUAUAUUUCAGUGAAAUAGACCUAUUUCGGUGAGUUGAUUGUGAUCUUCGCUAUUCUCACUACUACAGGACUAGAAUAUCUUCUUGUAGUAACAACCAAUCUUCUACAUAUUAAUAUCUAUAUAUGUAUUAUGAUGAACAAUAGUUUAGUUUGUGAGAUAUUUUAUUUGUAUGACUUGUGCAUGUGAUUUUGCUUGAUAACUAUCCAUGAAACAAACCCGGCUACGUCUAUCUAGUUUUUGAGACAGAUAGAGAAUUGUUCUGUCAACAACGAACGUCAAAAGGAAAAUGCCGACCUAGCUGAACAAUAUGGUAAUCUCGUUCAACAGAGCAUGGGCGGGACAGGAGAUAUAUUUCGUCAAGUGAUUAUCAUGGUGGGUUGGUGUUUGGGUCACGACGCAUCUAUGGAACUGUUAAUGGAUAAGCCCUGCAGCAACGUGUUUGCGAAGUACGGCGAUCCGACCACAGUAUUGGCUAAACCUUAUACUCAGUCUAAAUCUUUAUCGAUCAACCAUUUCUAUCCUGACAAUACCGGGAUAUCGGCCUUUGAAAAAGCCCAUUGUGGUCGUUAUAACAAUAAACUCAUUGUUAUUCAAAACCAGCUCGUGGGCGUCUGUACUAGAGGAACUAGCGGUGGCCCCUUUUCAUAGCUUGUGGUCGACUUCUUUUUUCACAACCAUUACAAGAUAAAACCGAAAGCUUUUCUUCUAUAGUCAGGGUAAAACUCCUUUUCAGGAUCAAGCUUGGAACCCCUGAUAUAUCUAUAUAAUGACAUAGUUAUGUUACUUGUGUAUUUUAGUGGUAUUAAUAACUGACAAGCACAGACUAUAUGUUAUAGUGUGUAUAGAUCUUACAUGUAUGCAGAAUUUAGAGUGAUAAAGGCCGUCGUCUGUAUCUGAUAUGGUCCUAAGGACAGCGACCUUGUAAAGGGUACAGACCUGGAACAACAAAUGCUUCCCGCUUACAUCAUACAGAAGUGCUGAAAUUAUGGAAUAUCAUACGGGCCAAAAGGGCUUCAUAGCAGAUAUAUGAAAGGCCUUGAAUUUAAAUGUACUUCUAUAAUUAUUACUUGUAUUUUUUCUAGUUAUUUAGAAUGAAGAUUGUGUGUAUAUAUUAACGUGUACAGCAGAGAAUGUUGGAGGGGAUUUUUCGAGUUGGACGGCUGUACAGGCUGUUGUUAGCUGUGUAUUGUUGAUUAUUGUUUUAUGCCCUUAUAAAAUGUACGAGUUACGUGCCAGUCUUCACGCUUGUACGUAGCUUUAUGUCGGACGUACGUAUGCUAAUGUCGUUGUCCAAGCAUCUCGGAUUACCACCAGUGAAAUGUAUAAAAUAAUCUGGUCUUGUCUUAACUAAGGUAAAUAUAAUCCCCAUCGUUCUGCUCCCCAGUGAAUCUGUCCACGCUAAGGCCAGACCGAGGCCGCGUUAAUGACUGUGUUUACCCCUGGCUGGUUUAGAUGUGUUCCACUGUAAUUAAUAUGGGCAUAUUCACGGCCCAAUGCAAUAAGUGAUCGAUAUCCGUGUACACAAGCGACCCGCUGUAAAAGUUCUAACAAUUCGAUUAGAAUUGUUCCAUCAGAUCCUGGUAGAUUUUCUGAUCGAAUUUUCAGCUAUAUGAUUGAUCAAAUCUCCAAAAGAAUGCUCAAGCAACUUGUUAAUGGAGAUAUGAACAUUUUUCUACCUGCAUGGCCGGUCUAACGUUGCCUGGUGUCCAGGAAACACACACGUCAUUUACAGCGCUGUACACGUAGGCGGGUAUCUCAGGCGGCAUUUGGAGGAAUGUUUCCAACUCGCUGCCUAUAUUUCUGUGUUUCGCAUUCAUCUGGCACAAAGUCACUAAAUGAUAAAUCGUCACUCCGAUGGCAAUCCGCAGUACAACCUCACAUCCGCGCAAAUCCAUUGGUUAUAAGGUCAAGCCGACGUAUGAUAAAACAUAAAUGGUUCAUGAACCAUUCAUUCAUUCAGGUUGCAAUUGUCGUGAGAUAGCGCGAGAUUAUCGCCAAGGGAGAAACUACUGCUUCACUAAAUGCUUUAUGACCCUCUGAUUUCCAAGAAUCCAGGAGUCACCUUUACAGAGAGAUCGCACGAAAGUUUUCCUCCGUAACUAGCCCUAACGCAGGAUAGAAAUCUACAUACAAAGUUUCGUGAAAGCAACGCCAGAUCUGAUCACGUAGAUGUCAAAAACUUUUGACCGAUAUCAAGUUCUCACUUAUUGCAUUAAGUCAGACUGUGUAUUGCAUAUAUAGAACUGUUUACAUACAUAUAUGUAUAUGCACAUCAUAUGAACGUCGUGAUUGUUGAUUGGUUUGUUAUCCUGCAUUGGAAUAUGUGUAUAUUAUUUAUUCAGCAUAACGAAGAAUAAAGGAAAUAUAUUGUCUA